CCAACUAAUGCACCCUGGUUUACGCUAGCUAUAUGCUAACUGAGCUACAUUAGCUAACUAAGUGAAUAUGAAUAGGCGGACACUCAGCGUAUAUCGCUAUUCUUUUCGGUUAACGUAACGUGGCUACUUAAUUACAGUGGCUAUGAAAUGUUGUGUGUUAGUUAAGCUGGCAGACGAUAGCCUAAGGGGACAUUCCUGAAUCAAGCUAACGAGCGGUAACGUUAACGUUUAAGUGGGCCAAAGGUGAAGCUGGGUAUGAAACCCUGUGGCCUGGUGAAGCCAGUAUCAGCGACUCGGAUCGCGGGACGCUACCUCGCCCACCAGAAAGGGUUGCCCUCUCUCCCUGUCCCACCCUUGCAGCAGACCUGUGAUCGCUACCUGACUGUCCUGGAGCCCAUUGUAGAGGUGGACAAGCUGAGGCACACCCAGGAGCUGGUGGCUGAGUUUCAAAAACCAGGAGGCGUUGGAGAGAGCCUGCAGAAAGGCCUUGAGAGGAGAGCCUCCAAAACUGAGAACUGGCUGUCAGACUGGUGGGUGCAGAUAGCCUAUCUAGACUACCGGCUGCCUGUGGUAGUCCAUUCAAGCCCUGGGGUGCUCUUGCCCCGCUUGGACUUCAGUGACAGACAGGGACAAAUUAGGCAUGCUGCCAAACUAAUAGGUGGGGUUUUGGACUUCAAGAAGAUGAUUGACAAUGAGACAUUACCAGUUGAGUUCCUGGGAGGGAGUCCUCUGUGUAUGAAUCAGUACUAUGAACUGCUGUCAUCUUGCCGCAUCCCUGGCUUGAAGAGAGACUCAGUGGUCAAUCACGCCAAGAGCUCCAGCCCCCCCACACAUAUCACUGUAGUGCACAACUACCAGUUCUUUGUGCUAGAUGUGUACAACAGUGACAAGACUCCACUGACAGAGGAGCAGCUGUACACACAGCUGGAGAGGAUCUUGGACUUAUCACUACAGACCAACAAAGAGCCUAUCGGCAUCCUCACCACUCAGCAUCGCAACUCUUGGGGGAAGGCAUAUAUCAAUCUCAUCAAGGACGAGACCAAUAAACAGUCAGUGGAGGCCAUCCAGAGGAGCAUCUUCACUUUGUGUUUGGAUGCACCAAUGCCAAAAGUGUCAGAUGAUCUGUAUCGCAGCAGUGCUGCCAUCCAGAUGCUGCAUGGAGGAGGCAGUCGCUGGAACAGCGGCAACCGUUGGUUUGACAAGACACUGCAGUUUAUUAUUGGCGAAGAUGGGUCGUGUGGUCUGACCUAUGAACAUGCCCCUGCUGAAGGCCCUCCCAUUGUAGCCUUGAUUGACCAUGUUGUGGAGUACAUGAAGAAGCCUGAGAUUGUGCGUUCUCCCGCGGCGUCCUUGCCCAUGCCUCAGAAACUACACUUCAACAUCACACCUGAGAUCAAGAAGGACAUUGACGAAGCAAAGGAGAAAAUGAAUGGAUUGGUCCAAGACCUGGAGAUGAGGGUGACAGUUUUUGACCAAUUUGGGAAAAACCUCCCAAAGACCCACAAGAUGAGCCCUGAUGCUUUCAUACAGAUUGCACUACAGCUGGCCUAUUACAGAACACAUCAGCGGUGUUGCUCCACAUAUGAAAGUGCCUCCUUGCGUAUGUUCAGGCUGGGCCGAACAGAAACUAUCCGCUCAGCCUCCAUCAACUCGGCCAACUUUGUCAAGGCCUUUGAUGACACCAGCAAACAGAGCUCAGAAAAGGUGUCUUUAAUGGAGAAAGCUGUAAAGGCACACAGGUCAUACACUGACAUGGCAAUCCGUGGCCAGGGCAUUGACAGACACCUUCUGGGCCUUAAGAUGCAGGCUGUUGAGGACCUAGGCUCCGUGCCUGAUAUCUUCAGGGACACCUCCUACGCUGCAGCAAUGCACUACCGUCUCUCCACAAGCCAGGUGCCAGCCAAGACCGACUGUGUGAUGUGUUUCGGCCCUGUUGUACCUGACGGCUACGCAGUGUGUUACAAUCCCAAGAAUGAUCACAUCAACUUUGCAGUGGCAUCUUUCAACAGCUGUAAAGAAACAAAUGCAGCGCGCUUGUCCCAGGCCCUGGGGGAUGCACUGGUGGACAUGAGAACACUGCUGGAGCAAACGCCAAAAGCCAAACUGUGAAGCCAGCCCAGACUUAUAUAACUUUAUCAUGGCUGAUAUGGACAGUACAGGAGUUAAUCACUCAGACUAGAAUCCAUGCUAGGAAUACCACUUUCAGUCUGUGAAACCUCUGCUUUCAUGGUGAAAGCCAUUUAGAUGACUAACAUUUUCUGAUACAAGACUGCCAAACUUCAACAGACUCAGCUGAUGGGAUUUAAUUGUAUUAUUGCUAUUAUAUACUUCUGUCUUAGAAAAAACAGGAGGUGCAGUGUGCCUUGUUUCUUUUGCAAAGGGUUUACAUUGAAAUACAGCACAUAGUGAGGUGUUACCUCUAUUAAAGAACCAUACCAGUGAUUUUGAAUGUUUGGCCCAUUUACUGCAGUUUCCUUAAUGGUUUGUUGCAUUUUACAUUGCAACAAGCCAUUUUGCAAAUCAUGCAGGGGUACUAAAGAUUUCACAACAGGUAAUCAACAUCCCUCCAUUUUCAAAUUUGAAUUCUUGGUUGAAACAGCCACCUUAUAAUGUUCUGCUUCUGUGCCUAACAAAGUCUUCGCCAUUUAUAAACCACAGGACUGAUAAUUGGCUGUGGAAAGCAAACGUUUCCAUGGGAACUAUUUUCUGGUGGAAGGACCAUUUCACUCCGCCAAACAUUCAAACAAUCAAAACAAAACAGUGCUGCUGCUUUUAGGAAAACUAAUGUGGAUGACUUUAUUAUGGUGAUGAAAUACUGGUGUGGAGAACGUUUGUAGUCUCUGAAAGUUUGCUUAUUGUAGUGGAAUGAAUAGAAUCCAAUAGCUGGAUAAAAAGUAGGGAAGAUAAUGUUGGAGUUCUAAAAUAUGAUGGCUGGAUUUGGGAAGAGAUUGGCAGAAAUGUGAAGUUCAUACAUUCUGUACACUAUAUUCCACUAAACUAAAAUCACUCUUGUGGUCCUUUAAACUGCAUAAUAGAGAUCAUGGUCCUGGUGGUGGUGUUUUUUUUUUUUGUGCAGGCCAGUGAAACUGUUGUACCAAUGAGAUUCAAUAAUUGUGCAUUUUUGCAGAAACUGUUGAAUAUACUUGAAGGAAAAUUGCAUAUUACAGGGAAUGACAUGUAAAAGGUUGGUGAUGUUCUACAACUUUUUCAACACUUCAUGCCAAAUUUUCUCUUUAGUACUAAUUUAAUAGUAAAUUAAAUACAUAAUUUGGA